AUGUCACCCCUACACUUCCGCGAAAGCACAACACCACCCGUAUUCCCUCCCGCCGCAACAAAAAAGGACACGCCCGCCAUUCCCGAUCCUCAGGUGUUCACUAUCACAACGCUGCAGCCGGUGGAGUCAGGGCUACCCACGGUUUCCCAGUGCGCUGUGCACCUGGAAUUGCUCGAGGCCUUUGCACGGCUGCGCCACCAGGUAGAUAAAGAAGAGGCCUUCUCCGAGAUAUUCGGGGAGGAUCCGGAGAAGAAUUUGUGGUGGAGAGCUGUGGUUGAGGUUGCUGUGGGGAGGUUCGGAAUAUGGUGGCAAGCUGUGAAUGGGGAACUGAAGGCCCGGGAGGAAGGCGAAGCAGGGAUGUCAAAUAAGGGUAGUGGGGUGAAGAUGUUGCCGAGGGAUUUAUUGCCGCCGUUGGAUGUGCUGAUGGUUUGGCAUUCCUACAUGCUCAAUCCACGGAGGUACAAUGAGGAUUGUAUAUGGUUCGGAAUGUGCGAGAUGAUGAAUGUUGCUCUCCCUUAUGAAUAUAUCCAUGAAGCCAUUGACGAGGAUAAAUGGGAUUACAAACUCUCCGGACAUGCCACGCGAUAUUGGGAGAAGAUUAGCCGUCAAGCGCCUGACAUUCUCGAGGAAAUUCUGUGGAAAUCCCCGCCGAAAAAGUUUGUCGAGUGUCCGGCAUGCGCGAGGGAGAUUGAUGUCUUCAUCUGCGAAGUCGAGCUCGAGAAACGGAAACGCGGGUGGAUCAGCGAGGAAUUCGCAGUCCAUUGUGAAGGCUGCGGGAUGGGUAUAACUAUGGAAUCACUAUGCGCUGGGAAAUUCAGAAAAGAUAUCAAAUCACUAAUAGAGGGCGGGGAGGAUCUCCGGAUGAGAAUCACAUCCCUCGAUCUGCAAGGGGCAACAUAUCUCCACCCCUCGUCGCCCACAUCGUUUGACGUUCUAAAUUCCUUAAACACUCUCAUCCGCACAACCUUCCCAGAGCCCCCAACCAUCCAAUCCCACCCAACCUUAGCCUCAAUAAUCGCCCAGUUAGGCACACACCCCAUCCUCCCGCUCUUACAAUCUUGUUAUGUCGAAACCCCAACUCCCUACUCGCUAAACCUCUCCCUCGCUGUCCUCCGCCAGGGUUCCUUCGUGGACAAAAUGCAUCACCACCUCUGGAUCCGCUCUCCAGCACUCAUGGGCCGCUUACCCCUAGAUAGCAUCUCGCUAGUCCGCGCGCGCCCCGAAACCCGCAGCGUGGUGUUAAUCAACCCCCCGGACACCUCCGGCUUCCUCCAGCGCGCAGUAAACAGAUACGAGACCUACUUCUCGCUCUUCAAACUCCACCCCGGGAAAAUCCUAGUCCCAACCAUCGACAUAGACCUAGUCUGGCACUCGGCCCUGCUCACGCCCGUCACUUACCGCGAGUAUUGCAAGAAUGUGGCGGGGAGGUUCAUCGAUCAUAACGACAAGCUCUCUGAGGAUACGCUGGACGAUGGGGUUGAGUAUACUAGUGCCGCGUUCGAAGAGGCCACUGGUGGGGAGGAGUACAGGAAGUGUUUGUGCUGGAAUUGCGAGACGUCGUUGAAUGAGAAGGUGAAGCCGGGGGGCGGAAAAGAGAGGUGGAAGUUCUGGGAGAAGGUUGCGGGAAAUGAAAAGGAGAGAUUAGUCAGGGUUAGAGUAGAGUAUUAUCGAGCGGCGGAGAAGAGGAGGAGGAGUGGGAUGGCGGGGUUGGAGAGGGAGGGGUUGUUUGCGGCUAUGAAGAAGAAGUGAUGAUUGUGAUGGUUUCUUUUUCAAUAUAUUUUCAGUCCUGGGGAACAACGGCGUUUGGGCCAUUUAGUGGAGUACUAUUGUUUUUCUUCCCCCUUCUCUCCCCUAACUCUUUAGCUAGUCAUAGAAAUCUCAACUUUGGUAGUCU